AUGCUAGGCAAGUCUAUUCCAAAAAGUUUUAUUUUACAAGCUGACAAAUGGAUUGAUAAAGUGGAAAAUGCUGAUAGUUUUUUUAUUCACCAGGAAGAAGGUUUAGAUAGAAUAUGCGACACUGUUAUGAGAUUAGCUGAAGUUGAAGGGUUAAAGGCUCAUAGAAAGGCUGUUCAUGCUAGAAUUAAAGAUAUUAGUAAUCAAAAUUAA